AUGCUCGACCACCUCUUGCCGCUCAUCUCCCGUGACUUCGAGUACUUUGACGAGUCCGACAAGGAAAACUAUGGCUACAUCGUCCGUCGACGAGCUCGACCCGAUUCUUCUCGAGUCCCAGCGUCAGUGCGAACGCCCCCGCGGCCUCCCAGACGCACUACUUGCAGGACGCGAGAUCCCAGUCGGAUGACCUCGAUUCGGAACCUCAAGCGGAAGCGAAGAGACUGCGACAAGAAAGCAACCGAUGAAGAAGACAAUGAAGACCGACGAGGUGUGAAGAAACGGAAGACGGAAUGUGCAGUAAAAGAUGAAGAGCCAGCAGCUCCAAUUCAACAGGAACAGCUCCGAGAACAGACGCCAACUGUCGAUCAAGAGACUGGUAACAAGCAGAAACGAGGGGCAGUAACCGAGACGCCCAAGAAAAAGAUACAGCAAAAGCCUAAGAUCUCGGCCAAGAAACCGGCCAAGAAGAUCAAGCACAGCAAAACAAAGAACAAACAGACAAAAGUGACGGCAGACGCCAAGGCGAAAGAGGUCGUGAAAAAGGUGGUCAAAGGUGCACCGCCAAAGCGGAUGCCCUUGCAGGAUAUCACGCAUUUGUACGUCAAUGACCACUCGCGAUCGUGUGAGUCUGCACGGCGCUCACGAUUCGUGGCAGGUCUAUCGACUUCAGUCGCCAUUCGCUUCUUUUAG